AGCGAUAUGGCCACAGCCCAGCAGUCCCCUCUUAAGGACCUCGGGCUUCCUUCCUGGCUCGACUCGCUGCUGCAGCCGGGCGUCGGGAAUGGCGUCUUCAUCACGCUGAAGGCCUCGCUGGUUCUCCUCAUCUGCGUGCUCCUCGUCAUGUGCUGCUACAUCGACGACCCGGACGUCGCGUUCCAUCUCAAGGUCUUCACGAGCAUGGCGGUAAUUCUGCUGGCCAUCGUCGUCUGGUUCAUCAACGAGUUCGGCGCGCAGCUUCGCAGCGGAGGGAACGUGGGCAACACGAAGAGAGACUAGCGCAAUCCACGUGCAGGUGAUGCCGUCAGAGUUCCCUUGUCUGUUGUCACGCAUAUACGUCGAGGACGCAUCUGUCCGUCUCUCUGUGUUCAUACGUUGUACUAAUAUUUUUCACACGUU